AUGGUUCAACGUGCUUUGGCAGCCAAGAGUGUCGUACACGCGAAAGGCGGGACAAUAUUUGCUGGAUUUCUCAAGAUAUUGCCCAUGUUUAUUAUGGUCUUCCCUGGAAUGAUCAGCCGAGUUUUAUAUAAAGCUAGAUGAUGUCGCAUGUCCAGAUGCCGAGAGCUGCGAGAGAGUGUGUGGAAAUAAGUUAGGAUGUUCAAACUUAGCUUAUCCAAGGUAAUUAUGGCGAUGAUGAUGAGGAUGGUGGUGGUGGUGAUGAUGAGGAUGGUGGUGGUGAUGAUGAUGAUGGUGGUGGUGAUAAUGAUGAGGAGGAUGGUGGUGGUGAUAAUGAUGGUGUAGUGAUGCUGAUGGUGAUACGGUGA